GGGGUUUGGGGUUUUUUUUCCAAUUUUUCUAUGCUCCGCUCCUGGAGAGUCAUUUGAACUGUAAAGGAAUCGCCGAGGGGGCGAAGGGACCUGGAGAGAGAGGCUAUCGGAACGACUCCGCCGAGGCUCCUCCGCCCCCUCCAAGAUGAUGCUCAGCCCGGACCAAGCUGCCGACUCCGACCACCCCUCCUCGGCGCCCUCCGACCCGGAGUCCCUGGGCGGCGCGGACGCCCAGGCGCUCGGCUGCUGCGUCUCCGACCCGGAGCCCGCCGAGGGCGGCGGCGGGGGCGGCGGGGAAGGCCGCGGCGGGGGCGGCGGGGAGGCCCGCGGCGGGGUCCGGCCGGGGCUGCACCCCCCGCCGCUCAGCCGGGAGGAGAAGCGGCGGCGGCGCCGCGCCACGGCCAAGUACCGCUCGGCCCACGCCACGCGUGAGCGGAUCCGAGUGGAGGCCUUCAACCUGGCCUUCGCCGAGCUGCGCAAGCUGCUGCCCACCCUGCCCCCCGACAAGAAGCUCUCCAAGAUCGAGAUUCUGCGCCUGGCCAUCUGCUACAUCUCCUAUCUCAACCACGUCCUGGACGUGUAGCGCCCGACGGGCCCCCCCCCGUCCCGCGGCACCCGCACCCCCCGUCCCGCACCACCGGGCCCGGGGGCGAGGGCAGCGGCUCCCGCAGCCCCUUGUCCUCUCUUCCCGAGGGUGCGACCCGUUUUGGGUUCGUUGUUUGUUUUUUUUUCCGAGAGAAAUGUUAAAACCGGAUUGUCUCUUCAGGCUGUCAAGUGCCCCUUUUAUAUAUAUAUCCAAAAACAUCUACUUGUGACCUUAAACGUGUGACCCGUGGGUGCGGUUAAAAAAAUAACUAUUUUUUAUUUAUGGUAGAAGGAGUUGACAAUUUAUUUUUUCCAAGAUUUAUUUAUUUUUCAGAGUGGUGGCAAUUUUACUUUGGAUACUUUGUGCCAAUUGGUUUCUAUAGUCGAGUGUUUACACUUUCUCCCGUGGAACAUUAUGUUUAUGAGUGUUUGUUGGGAUCAAUACUGUGUUCCUUUACCCUUUUUUUAAAGUUCAUUUUUUCCCUCCGAUUAUAUUGCACUUGUGUACUACAAACCUCCCCUUCUUCCCUGUUUACAAGUAUAUUUUAUAUAUAUCAAGGCAUUUGUUCUUGACCUUUUUUUUUUUUAAUUUUGCUUUUUUCGUGUGGGAUCGACGACCACUAGCACUUAACUAGAAAAAGUUUUUUUUUAAACAAAACAAA